AUGAAAGCUUCCAAGGAAUCCAGAUCUUUCAAAAUUGCAAAGCUCUCACGAGCAUCGCAAUACCAUGUGGAUCACAUGGGCAGCAUCAAAGAAAAUCAACCAGCUGCAAAACGCUCUGUCUGCUACAAACCUGCAAAUCACAGAGUCUUGAAAAAAGCAAAUCCCAGCAACGACAUUCCUCAGCUUUGA